AUGAGUUACUACUAUCCCACCACAUAUUCGACCUAUCCUACGUCUUUCGCGAGUCCGUAUCGCUAUUCUUCCGCCUAUAACCCAUAUUCUCUAUCCACCAUCCCCUACUCGGGGCUCGCGACGACAUAUCCUUCAUCGUAUGCAUACGCGCAGCCGUAUGCGUAUGCAUAUCCAUCAUACCCUCAGCCAUACUCAUACCCGCAAGGAUACCCGCAAGGAUACUCGCAAGGAUACCCGCAAGGAUACCCGCAAGGAUAUUCGUACCCUCAGACAUAUCCUUUGCAGCAGCCAUACCCGUACAUCCCUCCAUCUCCGAAUCCUCCGACUACUAUCUACUUGCAGCCCUCACACACGCACCGUCAUCAUCACGAGGGACACCCGCAUUCUGAUACGGAGUCGAUUCAUUCUCACCACUCUCACCUCUCCCACCUCUCACCAUUCCAUCACCCAUCUCCGUACCCAUAUGCCAGCUACGGCCAGUCCGGAUAUCGAUUAUAA